AAAAACUAUGAGCAUAGAUAAAUUAAUACUGUUGACAAUUCGGUUUUGAGAGGGAAGAUGUAUAAUUAAUAGUCUAAUCACUAUUCACUAAUGCUGUUCAUUAUUAAAUUAUAAAUUAUACGGAGUAAUAAUAAAUUAAUCGUGAAGUAUCGGCAUGCAUCCCUUCCAUCCACUUGCAGAUCAAACGCACUCCCCCCUGUCUGUUGAGUCCAUAGCUCCGUGAUUCCCUUCUCGGGCUCGAUUAUAAGAUCCUGGAUAGAUCUAUCAUUCUCAGAUUUUUUUUUAUGGAAUCUUUCUCAGAAAUAUAAAUCAUAAGAAGUUUAGGAUCUUUAAUUUUGUUUUGUUUGAUUUUAGUAGCUUAUUUGGUGCUAGUAACGCUUGGUUUUCUGAGUCGCUUUUUCUUUCAAAGGAUGCCACUCUUCAUACUUUCUGAGCAUUUUCAGGAUUUGAUUCCUUAGGGAUUCCUGGGUUUGUGUUAGAAUUGGAAGACUGAAACUCACUUGCAAAGGUUUAUGAUUGUUUCUCAGAGGUUUUGGGUUUCCUGAAAUGGGUGUGUUGAUUUUGUGUUGAAAAAAAGAACUGGGGUUGUAGGUUGAGCUGAAAGGGUUGUGACUGGAUUUGCCAAUGGAUAAUGAAUUGAUGACAGAGGAGAGUAAGUUUGUGGAAUCAGAAAAAGAUGCAUUGAAUGGGGAGAAAGAAGACGAAGAAGGCGAAUCUCAAUCCUUAUUGCCUCAUAAGAGAGGAGGAUUAUCUAAAAAGCCUGGAAACCCUAAGCUCAAAGUCCACUGGAAUGAUAGACAUGGAAAAAAUCUUGUUCAGAUCGUGGAAUUCCAACCAAGCGAUGCAAGCGACUCAGAGGAAGACGACUCAGACUAUUGUAUGUGUACAAUAAUGUAGUUCCUUCUUAUCACUUUAUGUGACACCACACAACUUUAAGUCUCACACAAACAUCUACAUGUUUUGUUUCUCUAAUCGAAGUAUCAAACCACAAGUGAUAGUAAUGCUUCUCGUGGGAAAACACCCUGUUUACCCUAAUUUGGUUCGCAUAGCACUUCAGGCCAAAUCCUAGGCAUCUUUCUUUACUUUAUGGGGAAAAUAGAUAUCAUAGGACUUAUGUAAUAAUGUAAUACCGUAUUACUGAACAACAGAGCCGGCCAUGGGGGCAUGCAGCCUAGACAAUUGUCUAGGGCCCCCAAAUUAAUAGGGGCCUCCAGUUUUCUAUGUAAGUCUAUUAUUAUUAUGUAUAUAUUUAAUUUUAAUUGUUAAUUUAUGAUAAAAUAUCUACUAAACUUAAAAAGUAAAACACAAAAAACUUUAAAACCUGCGGAGCGGCCUUCCGGCCCAAAGACUUCACGAUACAUUCCCCUAUUUGGAGACGAGACUUGGAGCCUUCAAUUUCCUCUGCCGACUCUUGCAAUUCUUCCGACGCAGACGGCAGACCGCAGUGGCCGCUGCCCGCUGGCCACAGCCACAGACAUCCGCAGUCUGCAACUCCGCACAAGGCCUCCGGGUAAGGUUUUUGAUGAAGGGAAAACGAAAAUACGACUCAGGAUGUACAAAGAGAAAGAACAAAUUAAGAAAGGACAUGGUCAUAAAAUCCUUUGCCGGUUCUAUGGAUCGGUACAUAUUAUCAAAACCUUGUCCCUCAAAUAUUGUUCAGAAUGAGGCUACAAAUGUUGAGGUCGAAGUAAAUGAGGGUGAGGAUCUAAGUUGUCAGAAUAAUGACACAAUUGUAGGUGAUACAAAUGAAAAUGUCAAUGAUAGUAUUGAGAAUGAACAUGCUAGGGCCGAGAAUGUAAAUGGUGAGAGAGAGAUGCUAGAUGAUCACUCUACUUUGUUGUACUCGGAUGAUUUAUUUGACCCAGGAAAUUGGAAAGCACCUAUUUCUCAAAAACAAAUAGACUUGUUGGUCGAGAGGGGUCCCAUAAGAAUAAAAGGGGUUGAGUAUCCUAUUGAUAAGAAACGCAGUUUCAAUGACAAAUACUAUACUCGUUGUUUGGGAAACAUGGAGAGAUAUGAUAGGCCAUGGUUAGUUUAUUCUUUGUCAAAAAAUAAAGUCUUUUGUUUUUGUUGUGUGCUAUUCAAGAAAGGUGCGAUGCAAAGCCCUUUAACCACUGCAGGUCAAGGGUAUAAUGAUUGGCACAACUUAAAUACUAGACUUGUAGAGCAUGAAUUGAGCAUGGACCAUAUCCAUAAUUUACAAGCAUGGAGGGAGGCAGAAGUAAGAUUGAAAAAAAGGGUGACAAUAGAUGCUUCCCGAGAACAAGCUAUCAACAAAGAAAAAGAGUACUGGAGAGCUGUUUUGAAGAGAAUUGUUGUUGUUGUCAAGACUCUUGCUACUUGUAAUAUAGCUUUUCGUGGAGAUAAUGAAAGGAUUGUAGAUGAAAAUAAUGGGAAUUUCUUGAAAAUUAUUAAUAUGAUUGCUGAAUUUGAUCCGAUAAUGGAAGAACAUCUCAGGCGUAUUCGGAAGAAGGAGAUCCGAAAUCAUUAUCUUGGGCAUAACAUUCAAAAUGAGAUGAUCCAACUUUUGUCAAAUGAAGUGAAAAAGAAGAUCCUCCAAGUAGUGAAAAGUGCAAAGUAUUUCUCUGUUAUCCUAGAUUGCACACCUGAUGUUAGUCACGAGGAGCAAAUGACACUCGUCCUAAGAUGUGUUAAUGUGUCUACGAGUCCAAUCCGAGUGGAGGAGUUUUUUAUUACAUUUGUGAAAGUUGUUGAGACAACUGGAGAAGCUCUUUUUCAUGAACUUAAAAGACUCCUUGAGACUCAUGAGCUUGAUUUUAACAAUGUAAGAGGACAAGGUUACGACAAUGGCUCCAACAUGAAGGGAGAUAACAAGGGUGUACAAGGUAGAGUCUUACGGGAAUAUCCUAGAGCAUUUUAUACUCCAUGCGGUUGUCAUUCUCUCAACCUUGCUCUUUGUGAUAUGGCCAUGAGUUGCCCGCAAGCAAAGACAUUUUUUGGUGUUGUUCAACGAAUCUAUAAAUUAUUUUCGGGUUCAACAAAACGAUGGGAGGUUUUCAAGACUUAUGUUAAAGACCGUGAUGGAAACGGUCUUACUCUUAAGUCAUGGUCAGAUACGCGUUGGGAAAGUCGUGUUGCCAGUGUUAAAGCAAUCAGGUUCCAAGCACCACAAAUUAAACAAGCAUUGGAGCACUUAACCAAAUUUAGCAAUGACCCUAGCACGGUUAGUGAUGCCAAGUCUAUAUCUGACUAUGAAAUGAACUUUGAUUUUCUUGUUGCUUUGGUCAUAUGGUAUGAGAUAUUGAAUAAGGUCAAUAAAGUUAGUAAAGUCUUGCAACAAAGAGAUAUGAAUAUGAGUUCGGCCAUUAGUCUCUUGAAAGGUUUGAUUGCAUUUUUCCAAGAAUAUAGAGAAGAUGGAUUCGAAAAGGCCAAAGCUGAAGCUGAGAAGAUUGCCAUUGAGUUAGAUAUUGAACCUCAAUUUCGUGAGGCACGGGUCCGUACUAAAAAAAGGUUCUUUGAUGAAAAUGCAAAUGAUGAACCAACAAGGUCACAAGAGAAUGCAUUUAAAGUCACUUACUUCUUAGUUCUUGUUGAUAUUGCUCAUUCUUCACUCUCUAGUAGAUUUGAGCAGUUUCAUAAAUAUGAUGAUACUUUUGGAUUUUUGUACAAUUUGACUAAGUUGAAGGGGAUGAGUGAUGAGGACUUGAUGUGUUCUUGUGUCAACCUUGAAGAGUUUCUCAAGCAUGGAGAUGAUGAGGACAUUGAUGCUAGGGAGUUACUCUCAGAACUACAGAUGCUAAGGGUUUCAAUGCCAGAAUGCACAAAAAAAGUGAUUGAAGUGCUGGAGUAUAUAAAAGAUAUGCAUAUUUGUUUUCCGAAUGCUUGGAUUGCCUAUAGAAUUUUAUUGACUAUUCCAGUGACUGUUGCAGCUGCAGAGCGAAGUUUUUCUAAAUUGAAGCUGAUAAAAAAUUAUCUCCGGUCAACCAUGUCUGAGGAUAGACUAUCUGGUUUGGCUAUUCUAUCGAUUGAAAAAAAAAUGUUAGCUACUCUUGAUUGCAGUGAUGUUCUUACGAAUUUCGCUCUUCAAAAAGCUAGAAGAAUAGGCUAUUAGUUUUUAUCCAUGUGUUUUUGAUCAAUUUUGGAUCUUUUGCUUUCGAAGAAUAUACUGUUUACGUUAAUAUUAUAUGAUGCAUUUCAUAUAUAAUUCACUUUUAUUUCA